AUGACUCUUGCAGUGGAUACACCACAUGUUGCACCGUCGACACGAGUGUUAGUCGAUGAAGCCGACGGCAACGUUGCCUUCGAGAGUUCUCGGCAGGCCUGGCCGACUAAGCAAAACAAUCCCUUCGAUGGAACUACCACAAUGCCCAACGAUAGAAUAAUCCAUUUCAAUGUCACUACGCUCGGCGGUGAUGACCAUGUCAUCACGACUAGCGAUGACAUCCAUGUCAUCAUAUGGACGGCAAACUCUAGCGUUAUGGUUACAGAUGCCAUCUGGUUGGGAAAUACUACUGACAGCCUCGGAGAGACCAAAGAACUAUUCCGCAAUGAAGCCGGCUUCUCCGAGCAGUCAUCUACAACAAGUCAUUCCACCAGCGAUUUGGGUCCGCCGAGCACUAGGGCAAAGCGUGAAGAACGAGUGAUUCUUGAUGGCAACAGUCUCAGUCUGCCAGUCCGCGAAUUGGACCUCAAAUAUGGCGACCCGAGCACGUAUAUUAACAUGUAUAUUAGCUUGUUGUGGACGUACGGUGAUCAAUCUGGUACAACGAUGAGCGGUGUUUUCACUGUCUUUAAUAGCUUAGACCCUUCUGAAGACUACGAUGCCACGGUACGACGAAUGAAAGAUCUGACGACAGGCGACGACACUCAACUCAAUGGCUUCGAAACCUACGACGACCCGGUAGGAUCGGUGCCUGGGGGCAAAGUCGAGACAUCGGUCUUCCCCCUGCCAACUGCUACCAGCGUCUCACCAAACCCAGCUAUCGGCUCAAACCGAGGUAGCAAUAGCGGCGGGUCUAGCCUCCCUCCUAGUGCUAUCGCUGGUAUCGUCAUCGGCUCGGUAUUUGGCCUGUUUCUCAUCGCAUUCCUAGUCUGGUUCUUCCUUCAUCAACGCCGUCGGGCGGACCACGUCUCAAACGGCGCUUACGGCUCCGGCCAUGGCCCCCACAAGUACCUCGCCCAUAAGGAAGCGCACGCCAGCGUCACUGAGUCGCCGCACUCCCCCUACUCGGAUGACGGACAGCAACCUCAACAGCAGCUGGAACAGCACCACUACCUCCACCAGGGCGGUCCGGAAGCCGCCGUCGGCGCUGCGGAACGAAGCCCUUUGACGCCGUAUGGCGAGGAGGGGCACGUACCCAUCACGGCGAGGUCGAUAGAAGACAUGACCCGGAGCGGCGUACCGUCGUCGACGCCAAACGCCACCACAAACGUCUCGCAUCUGAUUGAAGAUGGUAUGACGGAGGAAGAGAUCCGGAGGCUAGAGGAUGAAGAGAGGGCGUUGGACGACGCAAUCGAGCAGGCUGGACAGGGUCAGGGGCGAGGUCAGAAGCCGUAG